AAAACCAGGCCUGCCAUAGGACAGCUGAAACAAAAUUCUGUUACUCUUCAAUUCACGAAUACAUAAACAAUCCACAAGAAGGACAUAGUAUGCCUAACAAGCCUCAGUUUCACAAAAAGGACAUGGUUUGGCCGUGAAAAACCUCACUAAUUUUCAACCAGUUCGAUUCUCCCGUCCCGUUCAUCAUCUUUCUAGGGUUCCAACAUGAGCAGAUCAGGUCAACCUCCAGAUCUUAAAAAGUAUAUGGACAAGCAACUACAGAUUGUGCUGGAAGUCAGGGGCGGAACCAAUGUAGAACGAGUCGUAGCACGGGCUACGGCUCAACCCCUUAUUGUGAAUGCGAAAACAAACGUCGGUCGCACAACAACAGCAACAACACAAGUGCAGAAUCUGCAGUCUCACAUAGUCGGCAAUCUGAUCAGCGGUUCGGCACUCAGCAGGGCUUCGGGCGAUUUGAUAUUGUUCAAGCUGAAUGCGAAUCGGACAGUGGUGGGGACUCUUCGUGGGUUUGACCAGUUCAUGAAUCUAGUCAUCGACAACAUAGUGGGGAAGUCAACGGUGAAGAGAAAAAUGAAAUCCGCAUGGUGGUAUGUCCCUUGUUCUAGCAAAACGGGUCAGGUUAAAUAUGAAGGUUUUCUUGAGGAGAAGUAUGGGAAAGAACGUAAUAAACAUCCAAAAUUUGACAAAGAUUUGUGGUCACAAGCUGAGGGCAAGAAUAAAGGAAAAGUGUACGGGUUAGGCAAUGAUAGUGACCCGUGUGUACAUAGCAGAGAAGACCCUAAGAUUGAAAAGUUGAACUUAGUUAUCAAGGAGCUCGUUAAGGAAAAAAAUGAAGAAAAAGAAAGGUUCAAUGGAAUUAUUGCGGGGUUGUUGGCUGAUAAAGAAAAGAUAAGGUGGAUAAAGAUGCGUUGCUUGAUAGGAUGUCACAAAUUGAAGCUGUGUUAACAACUACAGUUCGAAGAUAGGCUAUAAACACUUGGUUUUGAAUGUUUAGAUGUUUAUCUUAUUAGGAUAAUUUUAGUUACUUUUUGUAUAUUAUUUGUAGUUUUAUUGAUAUGAAAUUUUGAUGAAAA